AUGGCGCCUUAUAGGAGGAGUAAAAAGCCGCCACCCGAAGGAUGGGAGUUGAUCGAGCCAACAAUCGAAGAAUUGAACAGGAAGAUGCGUGAGGCUGAAACUGACCCUCAUGAGGGAAAACGUAAGGUUGAGGCUGAAUGGCCAAUAUUUCGCAUUCAUCAUAAGAGGUCUCGGUUCAUUUAUGACUUGUAUUAUAAACGAAAAGCUAUUUCUAAACUGUAUGAAUUCUGCAUCAAAGAGAAGAUAGCCGAUGCAAAUCUGAUCGCCAAAUGGAAAAAGCAAGGAUACGAAAACUUAUGUUGUUUAAGGUGCAUCCAAUCUAGAGAUACAAAUUUUGGAACUAAUUGCGUAUGUCGAGUACCAAAGUCAAAGUUAGAAGAAGGUAAAGUUGUUGAGUGUCAAAGUUGCGGUUGCCGUGGCUGCUCUGGCUAAUCAAUGAGUCUGCAUUAGUACAAUGUGAGGAUUCCGUUGGAAUGGAUGCAUCCAAAUCAGUCUGGUUAUUUUGGGUCUUCAAUAUCUAGCAGUACAUAAAUGAACAAUAUUUAAGUUCUUCGUUCAAUAUUUCAAUGCUGUUUAUUGAAUUAAGAUGAUAUCGCUCCUCAAAUUUUGAUUAUGAGUGCAUAAUUAUUUCUGGUAAUACGGUAAUCAAUUAUUCACCUAAUGUGUCUGUUGAAUGUACAAUGAGAUUUUUGUGUUCGUAAUUUUAUUCGAUUCAGGUACUGAGUUGAUAGAAGUAAAAAUCACACUCAAUUUUAUGUUUGCUCAACUUAAUAUUGAUAAUUAUUUGUUAGGAAUUUUACAUAUAUAAAACGGCUCAUUAUAUACAAUGAUCUCAUUUCAAGAAAACCCUCCUCCUAGCUAACAUACAG